GGCGAUCAAGGAAGUACGUCCACCGUUUUCUUUGCGGUGGUCCCUUGGCCAAUGUGCUAUUGCCAGACUCCUGUCGGAGGAGUAUCGUAAUCGCAUCCGUGCGCGGUGUAUGGUUUUCCUGAAUGAAGAGGAUGACCUUAUUGCAGAGUGUAAUGAGGUGAUCGUGGCAAAGAUAGCGCGACUCGACUAUCCACAUAAUUGGCCCUCUCUCCUAACCGACCUCCUCUGCAUCAUCGAGAGUACCCUCCAGUCCUUAUGCACGUCGUCAUCGGCGAGCAUGUUGUCAACCCUCGCGUUGCGUCGUGCGCUCAAAGUUCUAAAUGCCGUUUUAAAGGAAACAUCCAGCAUGAAAAUGUUGACGGGCGUAAAGACGAUGGGAGAGAUCACAAAUCGACUAUGUGGUGUUUUCCUCACAUAUUACUCUGAGUUAUGUCGUUCCCAGUUAUCACCUAUUCUGUCUCCCCUUCAUCCAGCCGUACUAUCUGGAGAGCACACCCUUUGCAUCAUUGUAGUAGCUCAUCUCAUCUACAAGUGCCUUGUCAAGCUGGCUUUGUGGUCUUGGCCACGAAUAGUGAGGCGUAGCAAGGAUGACCUGCAGGAUCUCCAAGUAUGGUUCUUGGAGCUCUUUCAGAGUUCCGUGGCUCAACUCAAACUACUUUCAGAACAGCGGAUUAGCUUUGUGCUUGCGCUCAGGUCAUUGCCCGAUCCCGAUCCUGUCGCGGUUGCAACAAUCAAUAGCUUGACACGUCAUGUUCGGAUCUUCGGGAAAUUCUUUCGCAGGUUGCAACAGUUAGAGCCCGCUAAAUUUGUCGAGCUGCCUACGUGCAAUGCAAUGGUUUUGUAUUACUGGGAAAAAGUGGUCCAAGCCGCCAAUGGAUCUUCGGACAUGAUAAAAGAUGCUUCGGAUGCCGUUUUCCCCGUCCGGUUCCUUGUACAAGCCAUGGUUCUCUUCAAGGAAAAUCUUGCGAAAUGGACUCCAUUCCGCAAAGGCGGUCCCGUCUCUGAGACUACACUUUCACAGCAAUUCGUGGAAGACGCGGUUCGGCUGCUGGUUACCCGGUUCAUUCCACUCAAUCCCACUGAUCUAGAAGGUUGGAUGUCUGAUCCUGAAGAAUGGGUAAGCGAAGAGGACAAGGAGACUGAUCACUGGGAAUAUGAACUGCGCCCUUGUGGCGAGCGCGUCCUCAUGACGCUGGCCUCACAAUAUCGAGACUACGUCGUUCCUCUGAUGGUGACAACAUUCAAAGAUGUCGUCUCGCAACCAACAACCGACCUUCAGAGUAUCAUCCAAAAGGAGGCAAUAUAUUGUGCCAUAGGGCGAUGCGCAACGCGGCUUCGAGAUGUUAUACCGUUCACUGAAUGGAUGCAGCAUUAUCUGGCGGUUGAGGCAAAAGAACGCAAUCCCAAUUUCCCUAUUAUCAAGCGUCGCAUCGCCUGGUUAAUCGGAAAAUGGAUCGGUGACAUGGGCACUCCUGCUGCAGAUCCAAUUGUAUGGGAAGUCCUCAUCCACCUUCUCAGCGACAGGGGGGACGGUACAGAUGCCGUUGUCCGAUUCACGGCCGCGAAUGCCAUUCGGGAAUGUGUUGAUACCGUCAGUUUUGAUAUCACCGUCUUUGCACCAUUUUUGCCAGUUGCUGUCACAGAACUCGUCAGACUCAUGCACGAAGUUGAUACCAUGGAGAUGAAGCGACGGCUCGCCAAGAGUCUAAAGGUUAUUAUAGAACAAGCAGAUUCGCAGAUCGUGCCCCACAUCGAGAUGAUUGCUGAAGGCAUCCCAGGCUUAUGGACUGCUGCGGGGGAAGAGUGGUUAUUCAAAGCUCAGCUGCUGGUUGUUGUUGCGAGCUUGAUUACGUCUGCCAAAGAACAUUCGUCAACCCUUGUGCCGCUCGUGAUUCCUCUAGUCCAGGACGGCUUGAGUCCAGGGGUUGCAGUUCACCUAGACGAAGAUACUUUAGGUCUCUGGCUCGCAGCACUUCGAAAUGCUCCGACGCUACAGGGAGUCUCGGGUCCUAGCCUUCUGCAACUGUUCCCCCUGGCUAUCUCACUACUAGUGGGCAACCUGGAUCUGUUGGGAAAAGUGAUACUUAUUGUUGAAUCGUAUCUCUUCGUCGACGCGCCUCUGGUUUUACAGAAUUUCGCCUUGGAGCUUUUGAAUGCCGUUGCGAACGCAUUGACAGGUCAAGCGAUAGAGACAAAUCAGAGAGGAAUUAUAACCAUCAUGUGUUACAUGACGCAGUUGGCACCGUCCUCGUUUUGGGCGGAAGCACUUCAUAACUCGGGCAUUUUCAAUCAUGUGGUUAAACUUCUUCGCGACGACGAGUGUUCUUCCGCUGUAUUGACGGACUGCGUCUUCGUUCUUGCGCGUAUUGCGGUGGCUGAUCAUGAAAUGUUCCUCCGUUUGGUAUCUGCUGCAGCCCAGGUCAGUAGUGUUCCGGAAGAUAAGAUAUGGGAGCCCAUUCUAGAUCAAUACUGGAGACAAUUUGACCACAUGUCCGAACCGCGACAUCGUAAGCUGGCAGCAAUGGGUAUCGCUGCUCUCGUUUCGACGGGCCGCAGUGAAGUACUUGAUCGUCUUCCCAACGAGAUAUUCAAUCUCUGGACUGAUGUCUUGUACGAAAUAAGGGAGAGCUUGCGAGUGGCGGAUGGCGACGAUGAUGGCCUGAAACUCUACUGGGAUGUGGAUGUCGCGCCAGACAGCUACUUCGCUGGAUCUCGAGACACAUUGGAAUAUGAUCGCAGGAAGCAGGUUUUCGAGCGCGACCCCGUUCGCACAGUGCAGCUCACAUCGUACUUGACUAGUGCCCUUCAGGCGGCGGAAAGGGCUUGUGGAGGCGCACAAGUUUUCAAGGAAAAAUACUUGGAUAAAACAGAUCCCACUGUGCUGACGCAACUGAAGACGUCGCUUGCAGGAUAAUCGACAUGCAUGAAUGACAUGUAUCACUUGUACUUACUGUAUCGCCAUCAUUUGAAUCGACCAGGUUGCACAUCGACUACGUAGGC